AGUAAUUUUCAUUUUCCCGCGGCAUGAAAACUUCGCGACUAGAAAAACAAAUAGAGCUUUUUCUCUAAAAAUGAAUACUACAAACUUAAACAAGUUUCUAAAAGCUUUAGAUGCUGUAAACAGUGAUUAUGUUUGCGGUGUAUGCAACGAAUUGUGCAAAGAGCCUGUGGUAUUGAAGAAAUGUUUUCAUUUAAUAUGUGCCGUGCAUACCAACUUAAAACUAUGUCCAACUUGCAAAAUACCUCUUAAUGACUGUGAAACGUUUGUCGACGACCGUAUCCAGGGAUGUAUCGACUCUGCAGUCGAACUAAAUAAGAUGUUCGAGGGUUUCCGGCCUAAGGAAGUGAGUGUGACUUCGGGUAAGAAAACAAAGAAAAAUGACGCUGUCGCCGCGCCAACUAAGGUUGCUAGCACUGUAUCUAGCUCUAAAAAACCCUUAUCUGACAAGACGAACUCUCGCCAAGACCUGAGUGAGACUUUAAAUUCAAAUAUGAGUUCAAAAUUCAAUAAAAACAAUGAAAAACGCAACAAUAAAGGAGAGACAGCUCUCCAUAUUUCGUGUAGACUCGGUAAAAUUGACCGAAUUAAGGAACUAUUGACUUUAGGUGCUAAUACUAAUACUAAGGACAACGCUGGAUGGACUCCGUUGCAUGAAGUCGUACAAAACGGGCGACUGGAUCUUGUGUUACUACUUCUACAGUAUAAUACUUUAAUUGAUGUGCCUGGACAAGGCAAUGAGACUCCGUUACACGAGGCAGUAAGGUACAACCACAUUGAAAUUGCCGAGGAGUUGGUGAAACAUGGUGCUGACAUGCACGCUAAGAAUUGUAAGGGAGAAACUCCGUACCAACUUGCAUCUGUAGAUCUGAAGAGUAGGCUCCUGGCUGCGGUAGAAAAUAUAUUACAGACACAAAGUAUUAAUAUAUCUCAUAUAGCUGCAUUGCAUUCGGAGAUAGAAUCUGACGAUAUCCGCAUUUACUGCGUUUCUUCAUACCGCACAGUACACAAUAGACUUAAACUCUUAGCUAAACAUCAUACUAAUCUCAACAUUGAAGCAAAAUUCACUAAAAAGGUUACCCAUCUCAUCGUUGAUGCCGAAGAUGGGGUAUGUGUGUCCAGUUUGGACAUACUUCAGGCUAUAGUUAACCAUAUAUGGGUAAUUUCAUCUGAAUGGACAACGAAGUCUACCGAAGAUAACUUGGAACCAUUGGAAAACUACGAAGUGAAAGGAGUAGGAACAACAACAUAUAACGGUCCACGAAACUCACGAAUCAUAAAAUAUAAGCAAUUGCCAGGUAUUUUUAAUGGCUGCCAUUUUUAUCUGCAUAAUUUCAAUACGAAGUAUGAGAUAUCGAAGACUGUAGUCCUAACUAAAGCUAUUUUGACGAAGUUGAUUACGGAUGCUGAUGGCAUAGUGCUCAGAAGAGUUCCAAACCCAGAAUUGAUACCGGAGAAUGAGAAAUUAGUACCGUACCAUGCGAAGAAAGAUGGCAAGUUGGUGUAUUGUUCACAUUAUAUUAUAUUUAAAGAUAUGUAUGAACCGAUGUAUAAUAUGCAGCAUUUGAAAGCGUUGCCUGUCGGCUGGCUUAUAGAAUGCCUUGAAAAGUACGAAUUGUGCGAGCCUUGGUAGAUUUUUUACUGAAAUAUGCUACAUAACAGAUAUUUUUUGAAGGUUUUACUAGCCAAGGUACAUAUGCUACCCACCUAACUGUAGUUGAUAUUGUUCCAUAGUAUACCAUUCUAUGGUAUAACAAUAAAUUUCUGAUCGCAUUCAGUAGUUUUCUGGCUCAACUAGAUUCGAGACCACAGUCUCACAGAAACCUGGCGCCAAACAACGCGUGCAUUCAGUACCGUCUUUACCAUAAGAGUACUCCGGGCCCGUGCCCAAAGAACGACUGACAAUUUCUACGACGGGCACACACCCGCUACAAGUGCGCAACAAUCGGCUGCUCCACAACGUGUAGCGCGUUCUAUUCCCGCAUGGAGAAAAUCUUUGUUUGAACUGUGAAUGUGAUCCACAAAUUGUUGUUACGGGUCUGGGUGUUAUGUAUAUGUGAACUUGUAGCAUGCACUCACGAUACAGGAGAAAAUCCUAGUGUAGGGCAACAUUAAAAAAAAAGAAACAUUCUACAAGGGCUCUGAAUUAUUAUGUGCCAAUUAAUAAUUCGGGUGCGUGUUAACCUGUUGAAAAUCAUCCCCUAAAUUUGUUCAUACAAAAGUAGUCUGUAAACAUUGGAAAUAAGGUCUAUAAUGUAGUUAGUGGAGAGUGGUCACCGGAUUUCACUGUUUGAUCGCUCCUCUCCUUAAUGGCCAGUUACGCACUUGUUAAUCCUUUUCUAUGGACAGUACCGAUUGCUUACCAUCAGGUGAUCCAUCUACUGGUUUGCCGCUCCAUAUAAAACCCAUAAAAAACAUGAUCUCAGUAUGAGUCUGCUUCCAAAAACCAAUUCGAGACUAAGCGCUCGACAAUCGCUUUUACCGUGCAUACAGCUACAUUCUGUCUACUGCCUCCCACAGUCCUCCCGCAUUGACUACACAUCGCGAGGUUGGAAGCGACCAGCAUACAGUGACUCAGAGUCUUACUUGAUCUUUCCAAUCAAUGCGUCAACUGUAUCAAUGAAUGAAUUGAAAAAACAGUAACUCACAUAAAUUAUACUGAGAAAAGCUCUACUAGUUUCGAGUCACAGCGGGACUCUUUCUCAUGUGUAGCGUGCGCGGUCGCUCAGCGUAAAAGCGUAAAAUAAUUGAACAGGUCAGUCCCGUCCAAUUAUUUUAAUAUGUCUCACGAUAGUUAUCGAAACAAUGUAAUCAAGAAUUGUAUUGUGAACCUGAUUGAA